UCUUACAAGCAAAUCAAAACAUAAGGGGACUUAAAACACCAGAAAAAUAAAAAAAAUAGCAACUUGUUUUUUUCUGAGACUUGUUUUAUUGGCCUGGUUGGCUUUGGGUUUAAAUAUCACCUGUAUUUAUUAAUGUCUUAGAAGCAAAUAAAGAAAUCUAAAAUUAAUGUUUUGUUUCAGCAUGUGACUGCUGAAGUAGCAAGUAUCUUAAAGAAAUUUAAAAAUUAAGUGCCCUUCCUUAUCGGCUCUUUUCCUGUAUCUUGCAGAGCAGUGGAUUUGCAGUGUGGGUCCUGGUCAUUGCUGGACUGCAAGGACAGAUUCUGACCCUCCGUUUGACUGCCUCUAGGAGGUAGUAGAGGAUGUCUUUUCGUGGAAGAGGAGGCGGCUUCAAUCGUGGAGGAGGUGGCGGUGACCGAGGUGGCUUUAAUCGUGGUGGACGAGGUGGCUUUGGACGGGGAGGUGGACGAGGAGGCUUCAACAGAGGCGGAUAUGACCAAGGCCCUCCAGAAAGGGUAGUUUUAUUGGGAGAGUUCAUGCAUCCGUGUGAAGAUGACAUUGUUUGUAAAUGUAAAACAGAAGAAAACAAGGUGCCUUAUUUUAACGCCCCAGUGUACUUGGAUAAUAAGGAACAGAUUGGCAAAGUGGAUGAAAUCUUCGGACAGCUGAGAGAUUUUUAUUUUUCAGUGAAACUGUCUGAGAACAUGAAAGCCUCUUCAUUUAAAAAAAUGCAAAAGUUUUACAUUGAUCCAGCAAAGCUGCUACCCCUUCAGAGAUUUUUGCCAAGGCCACCUGGAGAAAAAGGUCCUCCCAGAGGAGGUGGUAGAGGAGGACGUGGUGGUGGACGUGGAGGAGGAAGAGGUGGUGGUAGAGGAGGAUUCGGAGGAGGAAGAGGUGGAGGAAGAGGAGGAGGAUUCAGAGGAGGAAGAGGUGGAGGAGGAGGAGGAGGAUUCAGAGGAGGAAGAGGUGGUGGAGGAGGCUUUCGAGGAAGAGGAUAUUAAAAAUGGAGCCACGAGUAUCUCCCCGCUGUCUUACCGUGUCACCUGCAGAAGUGAAGAACAAGGAAAAGGACCCUGAAAAAGUUCUUUAUAAAAAGAACUUGAAGCUGUAAAAUGACAAUUAUUUUUAUACUUAAUGACUGUUGAUCAACACAGGAGAGCGUAGCCCCAGGCGAAGAACUGAAAACUGUUCUGAAUAUACUUGAACUUUUUUAACUAA